AUGUACUCGAAAAGGUUCAAAUCGACCGUCAGGUACAAUUAUCCGUGGAAAAAUGCGUUCAAUCUCUGGUACAAGCAUAUAACUACUAGGAAUAUUGAAAAACAGGCUCAUGACACGCUUUUUGACCUUACAUUGCCCUACUACAACCGCACUGUCAAUGGUCUCCACGCGUCGACCCGAACUACCCCGCUGACUGGAAACAGACAAUUGAGCGAGUUGAACGUCAAAAACGAGUCCGCCGAUCGUCAUAUGGUGCUGCUUCAUGGAUACGCAGCGUCAUCGGGUUGGUGGUUCAGAAAUAUAGACACAUUUGCAAGAGCAGGUAAUUACAACGUGCAUGCGAUCGACCUGCCCGGAUUCGGACUGUCCAGCAGACACGGUCGCCCGUUCCUGGACAAUAAAACAAGGCUCAAGAUCGAGUUCGACCGAAAUAAGCUUAAACACAUGGAUCAUCUCCACCGUUCAUUGUAUGUGCCGGAAAAAUUCAGUUUGGAACGGAAAAACCUGCAAAAAUAUCUCGAAAAUCAGCAGAGCAUAGUUGACCAGGUGGUGGACUUUUACGUAGACGCUGUGGAACAAUGGAGACAGCACCAUCAGAUCCCCCAAUUUGACCUGGUGGCCCACUCAUUGGGAGGAUACAUGGGGGUGGCCUAUUGUGCCAAAUAUCCCAAUGCUGUGCGAAGGCUGGUUUUAGCUAGUCCCGGGGGAGUUGAAAGAUCUCCGUUUGCAAUCACGAAUCCCCAGUACAAAGAGAUCACCACAGACAUCACAGAGUCUGGGUCGCAGUCCCCUGGCGAUUACUCGUUCCUGGGACGAUAUCCUGAGGUAAAGUUUCCGAUACAGGCGUACUGGCAACUGCGAAUCCCAACGUUUUUGAUUCUGCGGCUGUUGGGUCCUGCGGCGGUGCGGCUUUUUAUGAGCAGGAACAUUUCGAAAUUUAAAAGGUCCAAUUUCAAUCAGCCACACGAGCUGGAUGCGUUUGCAGAAUAUGUGUACCAUACCAGCGUGAAACGUUCCAUCUCGGAGACGGCGAUCAUGAGGAUCUUCGACUCGAGCCUGUUGGCCAAAAUUCCCGUGCUGGAUAGACUGCACGCUCUAAGAUGCACGAGUCUUUGGAUCUACGGACAGCAUGAUUUCAUGUUUGAGGACAGUGGUCGUGUUGCGGUGAAUAUCUUAAAUUCGCACGACCACAAUGCUGCCAUGAAAGUUGUGCAAGGGGCUGGACACAACAUGUAUUUGGACAAUCCGCAAGAGUUUAACCAGCUAGUGUUGGAUUACUUAAAUUGA